GGAGGUCCUUUGGACGAAACAACCAGCCCAAAACGAGCGCGCGGCCAUGUUGAAUUGUCGAUAUUCCGAAAGAAGAGACAAAAGAGUGAAAACUCGGUGGAUUUCUCGAAACAGCGAGUAUUUACCUAACUUAAUUAAACAGUCGAUGAAACGUUAAGCAACAGGGAAGAUUGUUGGUGGAUGUAGCAAUGUGUAACCUGGAUUUUUUUUGUUGAACGGCAAUUCACAAAGCACUUUGCAGACUGUCAUCUCAAACUUUUGCUGCAGAAGUAAACGAAACCGGAAGAUAACCACAGACAUUUAAAGUGGACUGUCUAUGUUAAAGACACAAUUGCUGGAGUUACUUUUUUGAGCCAGUUUUGAGCCCCAGCAAAGACGUUUGAAGACUUUUUGAUGUCAAAGGAACAAAUCAUAAGAAUAGUCAGACGUGACGAAGCAGAUCAUAUUUUACUACUGGCCAUUUUGAAUGUAUAAACGAAGCACUUGGACUUAAAAAGCCAAGAUACUCAAAGGACACAAAGACAAUUCUGGAUCAUCGUUACAGCAAGGAUAAGAGUAAUCUGACAAACAAUUUUGAAACAAAGAGUGUGUUUUGGUCACAUAAUUGAUUUAUUUAUUCAUAUGAAUGUUAAUUUCUCCCUUUUUUGGAGAGUUGUCUUGUAAAUAGACAGAAUUCAUAAGCAGACCUCUUCUUUUCAAGAGGCCUGUACGUCAGAUAGUGUACACAAUACAUUCUUUAAAAAAAGAUUUUUUUUUUCUCCAGCUUUUAGUAUAUAUUUUUUUUUACACUGGUGCAUUAAGCAAGAUAUCAGUAAAAGAGGCACACUGAGGCACAUAACACACUGAGGAAAAUUGCCAGUUAUUGUGAUGGCUACAGCAAGAACAGCAAACCCAGCACAGAUGAUAGGACUGAACAAACCAGCAAAUGGGCAACUCAGAGGACAGGCAGCACUUCUUGCAGCUGCCCAACAGUCCAGUGCCCUCCAGAAAAGGACCAGCAUUCCUCAAAGCAGUGGGGGUAUCAAGUUUGGUGAUGACUGGAAGAAGUGCCUGGAGCUUCCUCCAAAAGACACCAGGAUGAGAACCGCGGAUGUGACAUCAACUAAGGGAAAUGAAUUUGAAGACUACUGCCUAAAGCGGGAACUGCUAAUGGGAAUCUUUGAAAUGGGAUGGGAGAAACCGUCCCCUGUCCAGGAGGAGAGCAUCCCUAUCGCUUUGUCAGGCAGAGAUAUUUUGGCUCGGGCCAAGAAUGGCACGGGAAAAAGUGGAGCCUACCUCAUCCCUCUCCUGGAGAGGAUAGACCUGAAGAAGGAUCACAUACAGGCCAUAGUUAUGGUGCCAACAAGAGAGUUGGCCCUGCAAGUGAGCCAGAUCAGCAUUCAGCUCAGUAAGCACCUAGGAGGGGUUAAGGUCAUGGCUACCACGGGUGGCACCAACUUGAGGGAUGACAUCAUGCGUCUUGAUGAGACAGUGCAUGUAGUGAUUGCUACACCAGGCAGGAUACUAGACCUGAUCAAGAAGGGUGUGGCGAAAAUGGAUAAGGCCCAACUGAUUGUGAUGGAUGAGGCAGAUAAACUGCUGUCCCAGGACUUUGUGGUCCUGAUUGAAGAUAUAAUCAGCUUCAUGCCAAAGGACCGUCAGAUCCUGCUUUACUCUGCCACUUUCCCAAUCAGUGUGCAAAAAUUUAUGAACAAACACCUGAAGAAGCCUUAUGAGAUCAACUUGAUGGAAGAACUGACCUUGAAGGGCAUUACUCAGUACUAUGCCUACGUGACUGAAAGACAGAAGGUCCACUGCCUCAACACACUCUUUUCUAGGCUUCAGAUCAACCAAUCUAUCAUCUUCUGUAACUCCACCCAGAGAGUUGAGCUUCUGGCCAAGAAAAUCACCCAACUGGGUUAUUCAUGCUUCUACAUUCAUGCAAAGAUGAUGCAGGAAUACAGGAACCGUGUGUUCCACGACUUCAGGAAUGGAUUGUGCAGAAACUUGGUCUGCACAGAUCUAUUCACUCGGGGAAUUGAUAUUCAGGCAGUAAAUGUGGUCAUCAACUUUGACUUCCCAAAAAAUGCAGAGACCUACCUGCACCGCAUUGGCAGAUCAGGGCGUUUUGGUCAUCUGGGUCUGGCCAUCAAUCUGAUAACUUCAGAGGACCGCUACAACCUGAAGAACAUUGAGGAUCAGCUUGUCACGGACAUAAAGCCCAUCCCCAGCAGCAUUGAUAAGAGCCUGUAUGUGGCAGAGUUUCACUCUGUUGACCCAGAUGAUGAUGAUGAUGAGAAUGACUAUGAUGACCAUGGUGGAGCCAAAAACAAGGAACUGGGAGGAAUCUGAGUGAAUGGAGAAACGCGGCGCCUGGCAUUCAUGAUACAAUAUUGGCUAUGCAUCCCACAAGAUUCCAAGUCAUGAUUUCUGUUCCCUAGUUUGUCACCCAAAUGGUCUAUUUUAGGUUUCUUUUCAUUCCCAUUUUGAGUCUACAGCAAUCUCCAGUUCUGUCUGUGCAUAUGUUAGUAAACGGAUAUCUUCCCACUGCCACUUCAAUCAGUUGAUCUUUCUGCCACACUGCCAGAGAUGGUCACUGUACAUGUGAUUUGGGCUAUUGCUUAAGUCUGUCAUUGAACACAGCCACUCUUGACAAUAGAUGGACAUUGUCAUCGAUUGUUGUUUUUUUUGUUUGUUUUUUUUGGUACUUUGCUGUAAGAAUGAAAAUGUGAAACCAAAGUUAGACUUACAGGAUAGAGCCCAGCUCACGUCCUUGCUGUGCAGAUGAACUACAUAUGGCAGUGUGCACGCCCUUCUGCCAUUCCUUUUGAGAAGAUGCUUUAAAGGAAACUCCUUUUUUUUUUUUUUUUUAAACAAUUUACACUCAGUGGCUACUUUAUUUAGAUGGCCUGAAUUUUUUUGUGCCAUGGAUUCAACAAGGUGCUGGAAACAUUACUUACACAAGUUCAUGUUGAGAUGAUGGCCUCAUGCAGUUGCUGCAGAUUUGUCAGCUGCCCAUUCAUGCUUCAGAUUUUGUUUGUUUAACCCCAUCGUAAACGUGUUGUGUUGAAUUGAGAUCUGGAGACCAUUUCUGUAGACUCAUUGUCAUGUUUGAGGUAAUGUGUUUUGUGAUGUGGCAUGAUGUUCUGCAAAGAAAUGGUGAUUAGAAGAUGGUUGGCCUGUGGUCAUAAAGGGAUGCACAAGGGACAGGAACAAUACUCAAGACGUUUGCAUUUAAACGAUGCUGUUUAUAUUGAAUGGGCAAAAGUUACAUUUACAUUACACCGCCACCAUCAUCCUGAAAUGUUGAAUUAAUCUUUACACCAAAUUCUGACCCUACCAUGUGCCUCUUGCAGCAGAACUCGACAUUCAAAAGACCAGGCAACAUUUUUCCAAUCAUCUGCUGUGCGGUGUUGGUGAGCCUGUCUACUCUUGCUUCAAUUUUCUUUGUCGGCGUACCUCUGCUGUAACAUGGUUUUGUUACAGUCUCCUUCCCGUCAUUCUCCUCAUUAACAAGGCACUUUUGCCCUCACUGUGUGUGUGUGUGUGUGUGUGUGUGUGUGUGUGUACCCUAUAGACUUGUAUGUGAAAAUCCCAGGAGAUUAGCACCAGCAAUCAUUCCACUGGCAGUCACUUAAAUCCCAUUUCUUCACUAUUCUGAUGUUUGGUCAGAACAACUGAACGGUUUGACCAUGUCUGCAUGCUUUUAUGCAUUGAGUGGCUGAUUUUAGAUACUUGCAUCAAUGAGGAGUUGUACCUAAUAAUGUAGCCACUGAGUUAAGUUUUGAUUAUCAUUCCAUGUUGGUCAUAAAAAACAUUUUGCCCACCAAAACUUGGGGAUGCAGUGGUAAAAUGAGGUACAUUGUACACAUAUCCAUAGUCUAACAAUAUUAACAUCCUUCAAAAGGUAACCAAAGUUGGAAGAGUAGACAUAGAAUUAUUUAAUAGAUGGCUUCAUAAACCAAAAUGACCACUUUGCUCCAACUGAUUAAAAGCAGGCUGCUAUGGUGCUCCAGCACAGAGCAUCUGAAACAGUGUUGCGGAUUGUCAACUUGCUAGUUUUUUCAUAUUAUAGUAUUUACUACAGAACACAUUUAAAUAUGACCGUGUAAUGUCAGUGACACUAUAGUGCAUUUUGUCAAAGCACAGGUCCAAUAGCGACCACAAGUCAGUAUUUAAUUGUGAAAUUUCUUGUUUCCUUUUUAAGCCAUAGCACCAGGCAGCAUUUUCUCAGGUAUUGAGGUUAUUGGUAAUUAACAAGAGGGGCCUAGAUUCUGAGUCCCUUCUUCCCUCCAAAGUGCCUUAGUCUAACGUCAAACCUGUACUUAGCCCAGGCUCUUGUCCCAAGAUUGUAUUGAAGGUAAAAUGGCACCCAAACGAUUUCUUAUUAGUUUAUCAGUUUUGAAAGCACAGUUAUAGUCUGAAGGAUUUGCAGUUUUUCCUUAUUUGUAAGAAAUGAAUUUGUUUCAUUAGGAAUUGUAAACAUGACCAGUUGUUACUAUAUUACAUCAUUGGACUUCCUGACUUCAGCACAAAAAAUACAUGUUAAAAUUUAAAACAAUACUGUGAAAUUUUCAGCCGACUUUUUCUUGGCUGACCAUUACGUUACUGCCAAGCACGAGCAGGGAAGGGACCCAUGAGUGUGCCCUCUUCUAAAGCAUCUGAAGUAGUAAUUAGCCCUAAUGUUCUUAACCUCGAACUCUGCAGUACCCUUGUUGAUAGAUUUUGGUUCCCCAAUUCUUUUAGCCUCAGCACAGGCAGCAGCACAUGACCAUUUUCUGAGUGGAUUUGUAACCUGAGACCCUUUGUUCCAUCACUGUAUUCUGAAGAAAUGACUACCUUCAUGACUUGAUGUCCAGAUGCUUUAAGUAGACAGACAGCCAACAAUUUUCUGUUAAAUGUGUCCAUGCCAGCGCCUAAAACAAAUUAAAGUCUAACUGACUAAC